CCGGAUCGAUGUGGUCAGCCGUACGGCAUUCAAAACAAUUCUAAAUACUAUCAGUAUACAAACAUAUGUAUAAUAAACAUCCGUAAAAUAUAUAGUAAAUUCUAAUUUUCUUUACGUUUGCUUAAACAUUGAUAUGGAACCAACUUUAUCAUAUGAGAGGGCAGUUGAGAAAUUGCUUUCAAAGUGCAAUGAAUUGCAAGUUCUUCCCGACAGAGCAUCUGUGGAAAAAAACAUUUAUUCGAUAUUUCAAGAGUAUUCCAAACUUGUGUCAUUCAGUCAAUAUUUCAAAAACUGUAUCGGGCCAAAUGGUCCAAAUUUUAAUCCGUCACAGUGCCGCAUUUAUAAGUUGCUAUUACAAUUUUUCAACACUUUUCUCGGAUGGACUAAUCAGUUGACAAUAAAUGAGCUUAGUAUAAAAAUUAAACAAAACAUAUUGAGUCUGAUGAAAAUAGUUUGUCAUGUGGAUGUAACAACGCAAAUUUUAAAGAAAGGCAAUUACUUUAAUGCGACUUUUCGAUGUCUCCUUAUGGAUGAUUGGAGCCCGCUAACACCUAGUGUAUGUUGCCAUAUUUUAUCUGGCCCUGAAAUAAAAACACUUCAAGACACCUUGGAUCCUUCUCCAAUAGUAGAGAAUGCAUCUAUUUUUCUUGAGAAUUCAGUGGAGACAUUGGAAUAUAAAGACGGAAAGCGUUGUGCUAUUUUUGAAAAGUUGAAGCUUAUCAAACCUAAACGCUUGUCGAAUUGUAACUCAGUUUUGGAAGAUAAAUGCGCUUUGCUAUUUUGUACUGAGAUUGUCGUGAACACGGAAAAAGUGUUAAUUUGGUCAUUAUCCGAUCCAGUGGUUCAGAUUACCCAUGUUAAUCAAGAGCGAAUUGCUGAGGGUACAAUCUUUUGGAUGACGUAUUUUCCUAUGCAAGCCCCUGAGCCGUUUACUGUUUACGAUAGGGUUUCAUGUCAGGAUUUGACAAUGGCUCUGGAGAAGGAAUUCAAUAAAAGGAUACCUCAUAGGCCCUUGUGUGACGUGAACAUUGCACAUAUAUACAACAGUCUUCAGACACUUGCAGGACAGGAAUCGAUCUCAUCGGAAAUGUUUUUGAAAACGUUGUGGAGGCCAACUCAUUCCUUUUGGCAGUGGUUUUAUAACCUUAUGAAGUUUUUGCAGCCCAGAAGCAGUAACAAUAACGGUAUCAAUGACACUUCGGUGCAGGCUAUAUGGCAAGCUGGUCAUAUUUCUGGCUUCAUAAGCAAUGAAAAAGCUGCAGAACUUGUUAAGGAUCAACGUGUUGGAACUUUUCUAAUUCGCUUCUCCGAAUCAAGCAUGAAUUCUCUAAAUGCUGUUCAAAAGAUGUCGGAUACAUCUGUGCACGUCUAUGCCCCGUGGGAUCAACAACUAGUAAAUUGUGCCGGCUUGGCAACGUGCAUUGACCAACUAUCAGGAGCAGAUUUCUUGCUCUCUGUCUUUUCCAGAGAAAUCAGAGAUCGAAACGAAAUUUUAAGGACACCCGCAACGGAAGGAUCAAAUACGACCAAUUACCCAAGAAGCAUUGGCAUACAAUCUCCAUCAUCAACUGAUAUCAAUAUUAAUAUCGACAUUGAUUUUGACCUUGAUAUUUACUUAAAAGAUUUGCCAUAUCCAUCAACUGAUGUUCCCGACUAUGGUGAAGAAUUAUUUUCUGAACUCAUUAAUAAUCAUGAAUCUUAAAUAAUAUAAGUCAUUUGUGUUAAAUAUUUUUAGUUUGCAGCAUAUAAUUAUACUAUACAAUAAUACUCAAAAAAGAA